AAUUCGUUUACUUCGUCGCUGCAGCUCGCCGCCGGGGCCUACCACCACCACCACCACCUGCACCUGCGAACUGACAGCAGCUGCAGCAACAGCAGAAGAAGAAGAAGCGAUUCUUCCAUGAACGGCAACAACAACAACGGCAGCAGCAGCAUGUCGUCGGCGCAGCAGCUGUACUCGCCGUCGCUGGGCAGCUACAAGCCGCUGCUCGGCCAGCAGCAUCAUCCUCAUCAUCGUGUCAACAACAAGGCCCCGCGCGACCUCGUGCUGCAGACGACGACUUCGCCCUGCUUGAGCAUGACCAGUCGGACUUCGUCGUCGUCGUCGUCCUCCUCCUCCUCCUCUUCGUCUAAUUGCGACGAGCAAGAACAACGACAACAAUUACAGCAACAGCAGCAGCAGCCGCCGACGAGGAUCAAAGUGGUUUUGGUGGGUGACGGUGCGGUCGGCAAGACGAGCCUCGUCGUCUCGUACUCGACCAAUGGCUUUCCGCCCGAUUACGAGCCCACCGCCUACGACAAGUACAACGUGAUCGUGAACGUCGACGGUAUGCCGAUCAACGUGCAGCUGUGCGACACCGCCGGCCAGGACGACUUCGAUCCGCUGAGGUCGCUGUGCUAUCCGGACACCGACGUCUUCCUCAUCUGCUUCAGCAUCAUCAAUCCGAGCUCGUAUCAUCGCGUCUCCAACAAAUGGAUCCAAGAGAUACGCAAACACUGUCCCAACACACCCGUUAUGCUGGUCGGAACCAAGAGCGAUCUGCGCUCCGACGUGAGACCGGCCGUGCAGCUAGCCAGGUACGGGCAAGCUCCCAUCACCGAAUGCCAGGGCCAGCAAUUGGCCAAUAAAAUCGGAGCCUGCUGCUACGUGGAAACGUCGGCCCUCACGCAGCAAGCCCUGAAGGAUGUAUUCGAUCAAGCCAUCAUGAAUGCGCUGAGCACUAGGCGAGCAGCGGCAAAGUUCUUCUCUUCGCACAGUAAGUCACCGUCUUUCUGGCGCAGGUGGCUUUGCUGUCGAAACAAAUCCAGCAGGAAUUAAGAUGAUGUCUAUCACUGCCAAUAGUUUACGAGUAUAUUUUGAACGAGUAUUAUAAACUUGGCACAACUAUGUAGUACGGUCCCAAUCGAGUGGACACUAAUUUAUUAACUUUAAAAGAGUACUGUGAUCAAAUGUGGCUGCCACACUGUUAUUUUUAUUUUAUACAAGAUAUGAUCUACAAUUAAUUAGAGGAAAAUCUUGAUACUGUGUAUAGGUAUAGACAGACAAAAAUUUGAUUCAUCUAUUAACGGGUGAUUCUUUCAACGUUGCUAAUUAACUAUUACAAAUUUAUUUAUUUAGAAAAAACAUUU